GAAGUGAAUAGUGUUCUUCAGAGGAGCAUCCGAGUAAACAGUUCACGGAUUAAGAAGAGGGCUGAACAAUAUGUUGUCUCCUAAAAGUAACCACACCCUUAGAUGAAGACAGCGGUUUUUGUAGCGUGGGUCGUGUGCUACGUGUCUGCUCUGCUGGUUGUACGAAGGAUGUGGACAGGCAAAUACGUCCGCAGUCCACUCGCUCGAGCGCUUUUCGUCAGCAUGGUGAACGAAGGAGAGACCGCUGGACUGGAAACUCAGGAAUGGUACCGCUGCUGCUCUGACAUGCUAGGAGAGGAUGUACGGACACUGUUUGUUCAAAGUCAAUUGGACAAAGACACCCAGGCCUUCCUCAGACGCAGUGAGGAGAAGUCGGGCUGGCUGUUCACACAGCUCUACCACUCCUUUGUCUCCACUGUCCUCAGCCCCAUCAUCUCCCGCACCUCCAUCAACGGAUUUUUGGGUAGAGGCUCCAUGUUUGUGUUCUCUGCUGAUCAGUUCCGCCACCUUCUCCGGAUCAACCCAGACUGGAAAGGUCACAGGCUGCUCGACCUCGGGGCGGGGGAUGGAGGAGUUACCGAUGUCAUGGGGGGACACUUCAGCGAGGUCUAUGCCACAGAAGUAUCCACUCCCAUGAAGUGGCAGCUUCAGAAGAAGAACUACAAAGUGCUGGGUGUGGAUGAGUGGCAGGAGACGGGCUUCCAGUAUGACCUGAUCAGCUGUCUGAACCUGCUGGACCGCUGUGACCAGCCGCUCGCGCUGCUCAGGGAUAUCCGGCGCGCCCUGGUGCCCGGCUCCGGCAGGCUCAUCCUGGCCGCGGUGCUGCCCUUUCAGCCCUACGUGGAAGUGGGUGGGAAAUGGGAGCGGCCUAAAGAACACUUGAAUGUGAAAGGAAAGACAUGGGAAGAGCAAGUGACCAAUCUGUCCAAUCAGGUGUUCCGGGAGGUGGGGUUUGAAGUGGAAGCUGUGACAAGACUGCCCUAUCUCUGUGAAGGAGACAUGUACAAUGAUUACUAUGUACUUGAUGAUGCAGUAUUUGUUCUAAAACCUCGGGACUGAGGUCACAUGCUUUCGAACUGGGCAGGUGAUAGGUCAUUAAUAUCUUAUUGUUAGUCAUGGUGCUCCAGUGACAUCAACUCCCUCC